UUUGGUAUUUUUAUUAAGGUCAACCCUGACCUUUUAAUGACACAUAUUGUUAUUUUUCUUGUGUUUUCUACACGGGAUCAAAUAAGCGUAACAACCUCGGUCUCCUAGCAACAAACGUUAUUGUGCCAGAAACAAUGGCAAAAUUUGUGCUUGCAGGAAAAGCCGACUGCCCUUAUUAUGCCAAAGCGGAACUGUUAGCAGACGCGCUGCAGCUCUCUCUGCCAAACUUCAAGAUCCGUAAAAUAUGCAUCCUCCCAGAUGAAUGGAAGAAAUGGCUGGAGGCCACUUGCGUAUUAAAUGGCUGGAAACACGACAAGUCCCCAUUGAUUUGGAGAGAGCUGUUGGAACAAGGGGGGAAAAGGAUGCUCAUAGGUGGCUUUAGCGACUUCCUUGAGCACUGUCAGGAGUAUUACAGCAUCACAUCAGACAUGCCUACAGAAACCAUGUUAAGCGUUUCAGCUGAAAACCUCGAGACCAGGGUGAACUUCAUCAAGGAGCAGCAGCAGCACCAUAAUAGUCACAUCAACGCCCUUCACAUAUGGAUCAGUGGUGCUCUCAACCCAACCUGCCACAUUUUAAUCCCCAAUCUGCUCUCUGCUGAGGUGUUUCCUCACACUGCGAUUAUCCUCCACAUGCUGGAGGUGGAGGGGGAUGAGGAGGAACUGAAGGGGCUGAAGAUGGAGACAGAGGAUUUGGCUCUCCCUCUGCUACAUCACGUGACCAUUCACACAGAUCUGGAGCUAGCCUUCCUAGAAGCAGAUGUCAUCCUCCUGCUGGAUGAGUGGUGUGAUGGCAAGGACGCAGAGGACGAGUGCCACGGGGAGAGGAAAUUAAACAAAAUGAAAGAGUGUUAUAAAGAGUACGGAGAACUGAUCGAUACAAGAGCCAAGAAGGAUGUGAAGGUGAUUGUGGCCGGUGACUCAUUUGUCAAUUUAAAGUGCUCGCUUCUUGUGGAGAAGGCGCAUCUCACUGACAGUCGCCGGUUUGUCACCAUGGCAACUCAGCUGGAGAAUAUGGCCAGGGCGAUACUUGCAAAGAAGCUGAAAGUGAGAGCAUCAGAUGUAAAGGACGUGAUUGUGUGGGGGAACAUCAGUGGCACUUUCUAUGCAGACCUGCAGAGGGCGAAGGUUUUCAACUAUAAUGGGCCAAUCAAAGGGCCAUCAUUCUUCAGCCAGUCAGUUUUAAAGAUUCUCCAUGACAGGAAAUGGUUGGGAACCGACUUCCAAGACCUGGUCCGCUGUCAGCGUGCAGCUGUUGCUUCCAAACUGUCCCACACAGCUGCCAUGUCUACAGCCAACGGGAUCCUCACUAUCCUAAAAGCUUGGAACGGCACCUGCAGUCCAGAUGACAUCUUCUCUGUGGGAGUGCUCUGCCCAGGCUACUACGAUCUCCCAGAUGGCAUCAUCUUCUCAGUUCCAGUAACUUUCACACAUGGUAAAUGGUCGACACUGCUCGAUGUGACUGUUGGAGAUGGACUGAAGGAGAGACUUCAGCUUUCUGCUUCUGAAAUCUUGCAGGAAAGAAGAGCAGAUGACAUUACUAUUACCAACAGAUAAAACAGAUGACAAGAUGAGUUUACAGAUGGCACGGCCCUGUCCAGUUAAAGACUUUAAAUCAAUAAAGAGGUAAUUGAGAUAAAUGUCAAGCACACACCUUC